CUGACAAUCUUCCGAGCUAAUUGCAAGUCAAGAAUUCAAGUAACAAAAUGUUACCGCUAUCCCUUCUUAAGACGGCUCAAAGUCAUCCUAUGCUGGUUGAACUGAAGAACGGUGAAACCUAUAAUGGACAUUUGGUUAAUUGUGACAAUUUUAUGAAUAUCAACCUUCGUGAAGUUAUUUGCACCUCCAAAGAUGGUGAUCGGUUCUGGAAAAUGCCGGAAUGCUAUCUCAGAGGAAAUAUGAUCAAGUAUUUAAGAAUUCCUGACGAGGUCUACAUUGUUACCGUAAAGCUUAAACAUCAUUUAGCUAGAGAUUGGUACAGUCUUCGAAAGUCAUAA